AAGCAUAAAAAUUGAAUUAGGUACCUAGUUUUAACUAAAAAUAAUUUUUGAAAAGUUUAUAAAUUGAUACUUUUUUCUGUUUCACAGAAUUCAAAACCUUUGAGUUGGGUCACAAAAGAAAUCAACGGUACGCUUAUUGGCCACGGGAUUGCAUUUGAAAUUGUGGAAACACUUCGUCAACGAUACGGUUUCACAUACGAUGUGGUGGUACCAACAAGAGAAACUUUGUUAAAUGAAAAUGGCAGCAUCAUCUACAUGCUAGUUAAUGGGGAAGUAGAUAUGGCAGCUGCUUUUAUACCUGUUUUGCCGGGACUGGACGACAUUGUCAAGUGGGGCAUUGAUUUGACUCAGUUUCAAUACGUUGUACUUAUGAAAAGACCUAAAGAAAGUGCUACUGGAUCUGGUCUAUUAGCACCUUUUGAAAUGGAGGUGUGGUUAUUAAUUUUGAUGUCACUGAUAGCAGUGGGUCCAAUUAUUUACGGCAUAAUGAUGUUGAGACAUAAACUCUGUGGUCACGAUUCAGGGAUAAUAUAUUCAAUACCCACGUGUGUUUGGUUCGUAUAUGGCGCAUUAAUGAAACAAGGAUCAUCGUUGAACCCAGAUACUGAUUCUGCAAGACUCAUAUUUGCCACAUGGUGGAUAUUCAUAAUGAUAUUGACUUCAUUCUAUACAGCCAAUUUGACUGCGUUUUUAACACUCUCCAAAUUUACUUUACCCAUAAAAAGAAUAGAUGAUAUUGCGAGUAAUGAGUACCGAUGGAUUUCUUCAGAGGGUAGCGCCGUCGAGUACAUCGUCAAGGUGGACAACGAUCUGAAGCCACUCAAACAAUCAAUGUUUGAGGGAAAUGGUCAAUUUAUGGUUAUAAAUAUCGACGAAAUUGAUACAAUUUUAAAACAUAUUUCGUCAGGAACGUUGCUUCUACACGAUAAGAAUUGGUUAAAUUUUUUAAUGUUGCGCAUCGAAAGGUCAAUAACGGAUGACAAGGAACGGUGUCGCUAUGUAUUGACCACAGAUCCAUAUUUGACAAGAUCAAUGUCAUUUGUCUAUCCUAAACACAGUAUUUUACCACCACUUUUCAAUCCAAUAAUGCUGUCAUACAUGGAGUCGGGCAUCGUGAGGCAUUUGCAGACCAAAGACUUGCCGGAGGCGGUCAUCUGCCCGCUGAACCUGGGCAGCAAGGAGAGGCAGCUCCGAAACUCGGACCUGUAUACCACGUACGCCGUUGUGGUGUGCGGGUUCUCGAUGGCCGCGGCCGUGUUCACGCUCGAGCUGCUGUCCACGCGCACCGGUUGGUUCGUGGCCGCCGACCUCGCCCGUCGCUCGCACGAUCCUCUGCGCAGUGGCGCGGUCCGGUGCGAGAUCUCGGUCUUCGGCCAGCCGUCAAAGGCCAUGUACCCGUUCAGCCACCGGGACAACGUCAUGAACGCCGCGUCCGCCACGCAUUUUCCCUUUCGCGGAUCGUCAUCUUCGACAUCGUUGCCGUCAUCAUCGUCGUCGCCGUUUUUGUUGUUGGACGGCAAAUCGUCGUUGCGGCGAUUUCAAUACUGAUCCUGCGGUAGGCCGUAGCUGAUAUACCUAUUCUAUAGCUGUAUAACCCGAGAGAAAAUGACAAAUAAAAAAUACAAUGCUAUUUUAUUGGUGUCGUAUCUCGGUUUUAGCUAGCUGUGUUGAUACCUCAGACACUGGAAAAUCACGACCAGUCUACCUAUAGCUUUGUGAACUAAUUCUAUCGAAAUGGCAAUCCACCUGCAGUGGUACACAAACAUACAAACGUGCACAUAAAAAAAUUCGGGUGCAGCAUUUAAAACAUAAAACAUAAUAUAUCCACAGUGACGUGCAAUCUCAGUUUUAAAACAUUUCAUAAAUGUAAUAACGUAAUAUUAUACUUUGUGUAGCUAUAAUUCAACAAAAUAUUAUUUUUUAUUAUUUUUCAUGGGGCCCCGCUAUUUGUAACGCCGUCCCUGUUCAUAUCUAAGUCUUGAGUUUUACUUACCAGUUACCACCGUUAAAAAAAAUUGAAAUGCAUAUGCACAAUAUAACGUUUGAAAAUAUAAUUGUGUGUAUAAAACAUAAUAAUAAACUACCUAGUUUAAACAUUUCAAGUACAGGUCACGAAUAAUAUUUUUAAAUUACAACAAAAUAACUGAAAUCGAUCUUCUUCGCGUUACACUCUACACCUUCUGUAUAGCAAAGCAGUUAGGCAUAUACUUUACGACUUUUUUUAAGCUAAUUUAUUUUAGAUGUAUAUUUUUGUUACAUAUUUGAAUAAA